GGGAAAGAAAUCUGAUUUGUAUUUGCAACAUUUGAUUUGAUCUUUUGUAUGUUAGAUACAAAUCCACGGGUUCGACUACCCUGACGUAGCUAACACACCGCUUUGUUAUCUUGAAUCUCACGAACACAUUGUGUUCCUUCCCACCCCAACAACCCACGCAAAAACCUUAAAUCGCACGCUGUAACUGAAACUCCUUUUAUUUGUUUUUUUCGCCUUAGAUUAGAACCUCAAAAGGGUCGCGUUCAAUUUUAUUUUUCAUGUGAAUCCUCAAAACAAUGUCUGGGUUGGAGGAAUUGAGGAAAAAGCUUGCACCUUUAUUUGACGCUGAGAAGGGUUUCUCAUCGAGUUCAACCUUGGAUCCCAGCGAUUCUUACACAUUUUUUCCUUAUUGUGUUUUUGGGUUUUGGUUGAUUGGUUCAAUUGACAAGUUUUCGGAUGGUGGAACUGUGAACUUGUUGAGUAGAUCAUAUGGGGUUUACAAUAUCAACGAACUUGGGUUGCAGAAGUGCACAUCAUCAAGGUCUUUGGAUGAAACUGAUCACAGUGAGAAAACAUAUAAGUGUGCUUCCCAAGAAAUGAGGAUAUUUGGAGCAAUUGGUAGUGGUGCCAGUAGUGUUGUGCAGAGAGCUAUGCAUAUACCAACACAUAGGAUUCUGGCAUUGAAGAAGAUCAAUAUAUUUGAGAAGGAGAAAAGGCAGCAGCUCCUUACUGAGAUAAGGACAUUGUGUGAAGCACCUUGUUAUGAGGGUCUUGUUGAAUUUCAUGGAGCAUUUUACACCCCAGAUUCCGGACAGAUAAGCAUAGCUUUGGAGUAUAUGGAUGGAGGAUCACUUGCUGAUAUCUUGAGAAUGCAUGGAAAGAUACCAGAACCUAUUCUAUCGUUCAUGUUUCAGAAGCUACUAAAUGGUCUAAGCUAUCUGCAUGGAGAAAGACAUCUUGUUCACAGAGACAUAAAGCCUGCCAAUCUAUUAGUAAAUUUGAAGGGAGAGCCAAAAAUUACUGACUUUGGAAUUAGUGCCGGCUUGGAGAAUUCAGUGGCAAUGUGUGCUACGUUUGUUGGAACUGUUACAUACAUGUCACCGGAGAGGAUUCGGAAUGAAAGCUAUUCUUAUCCGGCGGAUAUUUGGAGCCUUGCUCUUGCUCUUCUAGAGUGUGGAACUGGAGAAUUCCCAUAUACAGCUAAUGAAGGCCCUGUCAAUCUUAUGUUGCAGAUUCUGGAUGAUCCAUCACCAUCACCAUCAAAAAACAAGUUUUCACCAGAAUUCUGCUCCUUUGUUGAUUCUUGCCUGCAAAAGGAUCCAGACACUAGGCCAACAGCAGAGCAGCUGCUUUUGCACCCUUUUAUCAAAAAGUAUGAGAAUGUAAAGGUAGAUUUAGCCGGAUUUGUUCGAAGCGUUUUUGAUCCUACACAAAGAAUGAAGGACUUGGCAGACAUGUUGACAAUACAUUAUUACUUGCUAUUUGAUGGGCCUGAUGAUAUGUGGCAACAUACAAGGAACUUAUAUAGUGAAAGCUCGAUUUUCAGUUUCUCUGGAAAACAACAUUGUGGUCCAAAUAACAUCUUUACAUCUCUAUCAAGUAUUAGAGCUACACUGGUUGGUGAGUGGCCUCCUGAGAAGUUGGUGCAUGUUGUUGAGAAGCUUCAGUGCCGUGCUCAUGGUGAAGAUGGAGUUGCAAUCAGAGUGUCAGGAUCCUUCAUAAUUGGAAACCAGUUCCUCAUAUGUGGAGAUGGCAUUCAAGUAGAGGGGUUGCCAAACUUCAAGGAUCUUGGAAUUGAUAUUGCUACCAAAAGAAUGGGCACAUUUCAUGAACAAUUCGUAGUGGAACCCACAGGUCUUAUAGGAUGCUAUUCCAUUGUGAAACAAGAGCUAUACAUUAAUCAGUAAUGUUGUUAUAUUAAGUUGUGGUAUCUCACUGCGUCACUCAGAAUUUAACAACACACUUCACACGUGUAAAAUAUACAAAUUUUCUUGUAUCUAUGCUCUGAAAAAUUGUUGAUAGUGAUAUGAGUUCGUUUAAAUUUAAUGUCUUAUUGUUUCAGCUAA